GGAAGGACCAGAAGUUAGGGAGUAGGCAUGUCCUGUCGGAAGUGGAGACUGUGGGUCCCACCGGAAGGGCCGCGGAGGGCAUGCGGUUUCAGUGAAGCGUCACAGAAAUUUUCCCACGAGCGUAUCUGUCAUGAACUCAUUUGCAUACAGCCAAUCAGAACUCAACUAUCAAACUAAUUUAUGAGCGAUGAGAUAUGGUCACUUGUGUAAGGAAUGACCAUAAGGGGAGAGGAUUGCUAGCACAUCACCCUUUACCCACAUUUUUCCCAUCCACAUCUUUACCAUAUGGGGCCUUAACAGAAUCCGAUAUUACCUGUCUCAUUCAGGCAUAGCUUGACAAUCGGUCGACUUACAACACCGUUCGUCGUCUUGAGUUUACUUGGUAGAGUGCGUUUGUUAACUUGACAACACGGUCAAGGUGAGCUCUUUUUGGCCGUAUGCAAAUGAGGUCAUUGCUGGGGUCCGGAUCUAUCGCGAGAAGAAAACUUUCGCGUCCCGCCAUCCCUGGUUAGCGCAAUCCUUUAAUGCGCAUGCUCAACCGGAUAUUCAUUAACAGUAUCUGAUAAUGAAUGACAGCUAAAGUUAUCGUUUUUUUGAAUCUCAUCGAAAUGAUAUUCGCAGAUGAUAAUAUAACGGAAAACAAGUUGUAUGUCAUUGAAUCCAUAUAGAUAUACAUACAUUACAGUAAUUCUUGUGUUAUACACUCUCGUUUAUUUCCUAAUUAUAACUACUACCAUUCUUUCGCCUAACCGUGAUAUACACGAGAAUGUCUGAUGGUAUUGGCAGCAGAAGCAAUAUAGCUUGAGAUGAUGGUUUAAAGAUUAAAGGAACAUAUUAUACAAAGCAGAUGUAACUAUAUUCAUAUAAACCUGUGAUGGAAUUGCCAUGAAAUAUUUCCAGAAGACAAGGAUAUUUAUUUGAAAUACAAUAUAAAAAUGGAAAGGAAAAGAGAUCAUAAAAAAGAAAGGAAGUUUAUGGAAAAUGCCUGAUGUUUGUGCUGCAUUAAAUGUGAAGAAAGAAAGAAAAUGAAGUGAUUUACUUGAUAAGAUGUCGAAAAAGAACGGUAAAACUUCAUAUCAAUGUGAUAUUUGUAAAAAGACAUUCCAGAAAAAACGUGACCUAACUACUCACAAGAAAAGUCAUUCAGGAGAAAAGCCAUAUCACUGUGAUAUCUGUGGUAAUUUAUUCUUGUUGAAACAUAACUUAACUGUACACAAACGUAUUCACACAGGAGAGAGGCCUUACAGCUGUGAUAUCUGUGGUAAAUCUUUCAAACAAAGUGGUGACUUAAAGGCUCACAAACGCACUCACACAGGAGAGAAACCAUAUCGUUGUGAUAUCUGUGGUAAAUCCUUUUCACAAGGCAACCAAGUUACUAUACACAAACGCAUUCAUACAGGAGAGAGACCAUUUCACUGUGACGUCUGUGGUAAAUCCUUCACUGGGAGUCAUGUCUUAAAGACUCACAAACACAUUCAUACUGGAGAAAGACCUCAUCACUGUGAAAUCUGUGGUAAAUCAUUCAUUCGAAGUGAUCACUUAGCUGCUCACAAACACAUUCAUACAGGAGAGAGGCCACAUCAGUGUGAUAUUUGUGGCAAAUCAUUCUCUCGUACCCAUCACUUAUCUAUUCACAAACGUAUUCAUACAGGAGAGAAACCAUAUCAGUGUGAAAUCUGUGGUAGAGCUUUCUCUCAGAAACCUGAUUUAAUUGCCCACAAACGUAUUCAUACAGGAGAGAAGCCAUAUCGCUGUGAUAGUUGUGGUAAAUCAUUCUCUCAUCCAAAUACCUUAACUACACACAAACGUAUUCAUUGCGGACAAAAAUUGGAAAACAAUUUCUAGUCAAUCAUAAAUCCUUUAAAAGUUAUUUACAUGUGAUGUGUACGUGCAACUAUUGAUCGGAAGCUCUUGUUACAUGUGCUAUCUCUACAUAAACAAUUGUCAAUAAAUAAAUGUUGAUCAGUUAAUUUCUCCAGUCUAGCUUUACCAUGUACAGAGAGAGUGUUAAUGUACAAGGAGUGGGAUGAUUGCACAUAGUAGGGUUGGUGGCAGGCAAGGAGUAGAUAUUGCACAUAUUGAGAGAGAAUCAUAGAAACAGAGAAGGGGGAUAAAUGAUACUAGAUAUGGGAAAAGUUAUACGAAUGGGAAAUUAUUUUUAUUUUAGGGUAAUAAAUUUUUUUCUUUUGAAAA